UUUAAAGGAGUUUGGGGGGGUUCUGGCGCUGGGCGACCACGGAUCCGGCGAUUUCUGCCCUCGCCUCGCCCUGUCAUUGAUGGGAAAUCAACUGGAUCGCAUCACCCACCUGAAUUACAGCGAGCUGCCGACCGGGGACCCCUCGGGGAUCGAGAAGGACGAGCUGCGCGUCGGGGUGGCUUACUUCUUUUCGGAUGAGGAGGAGGACCUGGACGAGCGAGGCCAGCCAGACAAGUACGGCGUGAAGGGCUCCGGCAGCCCUGGGCAGGAGACGCCCACCCACCACCUCCACCACCAGCUGGUGCUGAACGAGACUCAGUUCUCCGCUUUCCGCGGCCAGGAAUGCAUCUUCUCCAAGGUCAGCAGCGGCCCCCAGGCUGGGGACCUCAGUGUCUACUCGGUGUCAGCCCUGCCAGCCCUCUGCAAGCCGGGGGACCUGCUGGAGCUGCUCUACCUGGGGCCGUCGGAGCACCCGCCGCCGCACUGGGCCGUGUACGUGGGCGGCGGGCAGAUCAUCCACCUGCACCAGGGGCAGAUCCGCCAGGACAGCUUGUACGAGGCGGCCGCGGGCAACGUGGGCCGGGUGGUGAAUAGCUGGUACCGCUUCCGCCCGCUGGUGGCGGAGCUGGUGGUGCAGAACGCCUGCGGGCACCUGGGCUUAAAAAGCGACGAGAUCUGCUGGACUAACUCCGAGAGCUUCGCCGCCUGGUGCCGCUUCGGGAAACGGGAGUUCAAAGCCGGGGGGGAGCUGCAGGCGGCUGCUGGCACCCAGCACCAGCAGCAGUACUAUCUCAAAAUCCACUUGGCAGAGAACAAGGUGCAUACGGCGAGGUUCCACAGCCUGGAGGAUCUAAUACGCGAGAAGCGCCGGAUCGAUGCCAGUGGCAAACUGAGGGUGAUCAAGGACCUGGCUAUAGUGGAUGGGAAAGAAUAGGGAGGAGCAGGAGUACGUGGCUAUCUUCCUUCUGCCCUGCCCGGGGAGACCAGCCUGCCGUUGAGUCAGGAGGCUGCACCCUCCUUCCGUGGGACGCGACUGGAAGCAGGAUCCAUGGCAACAUUCCAAAAAAAACCAGCAUUCUUUACACCCAUAGCCAGUAUUUUGUUUGGCUUUUAAUAGCAUUAAUGCUGAAAGAGCGAGAGAGAGGAAGAAAAGAGGGGGGAGGUGCAGGAAGGCUGUUCUCAGAGUAUGUGGACAAAGUCUCUCCUGUCAAUCAAUGUUGACCAUUCUAGCAACAUGCCAAUAAAAUUUCAAAUUGAAAUUUCUUUUUAAAUUUUUAUUUCAUGGCUUUAAUCCAUGAUAAGUUUUAAGCAUCUGGGACUGUGGAUGUGGAAGUAGCUGAAUAAGAUUUUAGCUAAUAUAUUUGCCUUGUGGCCAACCAAAAGCAUCAGUCAUACUUUUCUAACUGGGUGAGGAAGGGGGUGUUGGGGUGGAGGGUAAAUGCCUGUUUGUUUUGUUUCUUCACACUGCUGCUUCAGUCUGUAGCCGCAACCCAGUUUUUGUCCCAACCAACUCUGGCAAGCAAUUUACUAGGAAAAAAUACUUUCAGAUUUCUGCUUGAAAUCUCUCGCAUUUAAAAUAUUUGCCUUUGCUUUCUGUUUGCAGCUCUCUGCUAAAUAUCAUCAUAAUGCAUGAGCUCUUUCCACCUCUUCCUUCCUCCCACCCUCCCUGCCUUUUUUUUUUUCUUUUUUAAAUUAAAAAAAAAAAGUUGGUGAGCAGCUGUUUUCCGAAAACUAAAUUCAAUGGUUAAAAGGAAGUGGUGUAUUUUGGAGAACAGUAGACUCAGAGAUCCAGACACUAGGAUUUUGUGCUUGAGCUGUGGGUUUUGUACCACUGCUUCGAUAUCUGUUCAUAUACAGGUCAAUAGAAUCCUUUUGAAUUCUGCAUGUUGCCUCAUUGGAACAGCAAUUUAUUGCGUAUUUACAAUUCCACUUCAAGAAAUAGAUGUAAUGUGGCCAAGUUCAUCUUGCAUUUCAAAUUCCCAGCAACUAAAAAUUCUGUUCAGUGUAAGUUUAGAAAGCCACAGCAGCAUUUAAAAGAUGCCUUUUGAUGUGAUGUGAGCAAUGCCUUGUCUGUAUUUCAGAUCCUGUUCACUCAUUGCUUAAUUCUAAGUUUUGAAGUGAAAGAUCAGAGAAUUAAAUAUAUUUUAAAAAAAUCUAAAGAAGUAUACUGGGGCAUUUCUUUUUAUUAUUCUGAGCUGCAUAUAACUUGUAAUUUUGUCUUUGCAUGUUUCAGUGCUGAAAAGAAAAUGCAUUUGGUUUUGUUCUCUCUUCCUACAUCAAUGUCAGAUGACAGAAGUAAUAGCCCUCUUUUGUAUAUAUAUAUAUGAUACACUCCACCCCCUAUCAAUGUACUGUGUCCCAACUCUUUUUUUUUUUUUGUAUUAAACAAUGUAAUAAGCAACCUUGUUGCAACAGUAAUUUCAUUUCUACAAAGCAUUUGCCUACUAUAGCUGAAGAGGCGAGGGUGGAGUGUACUUCAUUAUAAUAGAAGUGUUAGCAUAAAUAUCUUUAAGAAAAAGCAAACAAAAACCUGUCCCCCCAAAACUGCACCUCUUUGGUGAAGGUCAUCUAAUGGGCUUUGUCCUUGCUAACACAUGUGGCAAAAUUAUGUGGUAAUAGGCAUGUUAACUUUUAUCAUUUCCCCUAAAGUACCUUGCUUAGUACAAUAUAGGGUAAAAAUGUGAAUUGUAAUUACUCUCAAAUACUGUUGAAAUAGCCUCAAACCACAUUAUUCUUUUUAAUAAAUGUGUAAUAUUUUAGCUUUA